CGUGCACUGCUCUUACCCUCUUUGAUUUCUACUGCCAGCACUCCAUUAUCGUCCUGUUUCUAUUCUAAAUUCAUGAUUAUCUGGCGAUUAAAGUAGUAUCAGACAUGUUUUUGCAACAGUGCGUCUUGUAAGGAGGACUGACCAUAAGAGCGUAACUUUAUAGCAUCUUGCUCCCAUCAACUUCUCAGUGUUAAACCCGACGCUGUGGCAGAAGGUGCCAAUUACUACACCCCUCUUGUGAAGAAGGAAGACUUUCUCAUCAGUGGCCGUUCCCUGUCUCAACACUCAAUGACAGUCUCCUGUUCUCAAAGCGGGCAAUAUUUUCAUUGCUGUCACCCACAAUCAAAGCCUCAGAGUGACAAUUCCGCAACUCCCAGGUCUAGACCAUCUAAAGCAGUCACAGAAUCAUCAACCUAUCUUGUCCUUUCCCCUUGAUUUUUCUUUCUGGGGGCAGAGACAGUCAACACUGUUAUUGAACUACUCAACUGUGGUGGUGAUUGCUGAUGGACCACCAGAUGAGAUUUUGUGGACCUUGUGUGUGCAGAGCGGUCUGGCUUUUGGCUGCACUGCUCUCGCUCAGGGACACUGGGUCUUGGGGUCUGACCUCUGAUACUGACGCUCUUCAGUCAGGUCCACAAGCAGAUGAGGACUCUAGGGAAACACACCACAGGCAGAAAAGAAGCUGGGUGUGGAAUCAGUUCUUCGUUCUGGAGGAGUACACAGGCAAUGAUCCUCUUUAUGUUGGCAAGCUUCACUCGGAUGUUGACAACGGGGAGGGGAAUGUGAAAUAUGUUCUCUCGGGAGAGGGAGCCUCUUCAAUAUUCACCAUUGACGAGAACACCGGAGACAUUCAUGCGACCAAAAGGCUGGAUCGGGAGGUUCAGGCCUACUACACACUGAGGGCCCAGGCGGUGGACAGCCUGACCAGCCGGCCAGUUGAACCUGAGUCCGAGUUUGUUGUGAAAGUCCAAGACAUCAAUGACAACGAACCCAAGUUCCCUGACGGUCCUUACACAGCUGGUGUGUCUGAGAUGUCUCCUCUUGGUACCCAGGUGGUCCAGGUGACGGCAACGGAUGCAGAUGACCCCACAUAUGGGAACAGUGCCAGGGUCAUCUACAGCAUUAUCGAGGGCCAGCCAUACUUCUCAGUGGAGCCAAAGACAGGCAUUGUGAGGACAGCCCUUCCCAACAUGGACCGUGAGUCCCGGGACCAGUAUCUGUUAGUGAUCCAGGCUAAAGACAUGGUUGGUCAGAUGGGAGGCCUGUCAGGAACCACCUCUGUGACGGUCCUGCUGACAGAUGUGAAUGACAACCCACCGCGCUUCUCACGCAAGUCUUAUCAGUACACUGUGUUGGAAUCUCUGCCUGUGGCUUCCGUGGUGGCCAAGUUGAGGGCAGCAGAUGAUGAUGAGGGCUCCAAUGCUGAAAUGGACUACCGCAUCGUGGAUGGAGACGGCCCCAGCAUGUUCAACAUCACCACAGACGAAGAGACUCAGGAGGGAGUUAUCAUUUUGCAAAAGCCUCUGGACUUUGAAACCAAGAGCAGCUACACCCUCAAAGUGGAAGCCACCAAUCGCUACAUUGACCCUCAGUUUCUGACCUAUGGUCCUUUCAGUGACACAACCAUCAUUAAGCUCAUAGUAGAGGAUAUCAAUGAGCCACCCAUCUUCUCCACACCACUCAGUAAAAUGGUGGUAUCAGAGGCUGCGAAAGUUGGCACCAUAAUCGGGAGCGUCUCAGCUCAUGAUCCAGACGUUACCAACAGUGGUAUCAGGUACUCUAUCGACAGAAACACUGACCUGGAACGCUUCUUCAAUGUGGACGCUGCAACAGGAGUCAUCAGCACGGCAAAACCCCUGGACCGGGAGGUGAACUCCGUCCAUAACAUCACUAUCUUCGCUAUGGAGAGCCAGGACCCGUCACAAGUAGGGAGAGGUGUGGCAGUCAUCACAGUGAUGGACAUCAAUGACAAUGCCCCCAUGUUUGCUAUUGAGUAUGAAACUCUUCUGUGUGAAAAUUCAGCACCGGGGCAGGUCAUCCAGACCAUCAGUGCUGUGGACAAGGACGAGCCACCCAGUGGCCACAGGUUCUACUUCUCCUUGCCUGUCCCUGCCACUAGCAAUCUGAACUUCACCCUUCGGGACAACAAAGAUAACACGGCGUCAGUGCUCACCAAGCGCGGGGGCUUCCGCCGUCGGGAGCAGUCUCUGUACCGCCUCCCGGUUCUGAUUGUGGACAGCGGUACGCCAGCCUUGAGCAGUACCAACACGCUGUCGGUGCAGGUGUGCGACUGUGAUGCGGACGGCGUGCCCCAGGCAUGUGGGGCGGUGGCCUACUCUCUACCGGCCGGUCUCAGCACUGGAGCUCUGCUGGCCAUCUUGGGCUGCAUUCUCACACUACUAGUACUGGUCCUGCUGAUCGUGACGAUGAGGAGAAGGAGGAAGGAGCCACUGAUCCUGGAGGAUGAGAGAGACAUAAGGGAGAACAUCGUCCGAUAUGAUGACGAGGGCGGAGGAGAGGAAGACACAGAGGCCUUCGACAUGGUCGCCCUGCGCAACCUCAACAUCAUUCGAGACCCCAAGACGCGACGCGACGUGACUCCGGACACGCCCACUUUCUUCCAUUACCCGGCCCCUUCCUCAGGCCCUCGGCCUGUCUACAAGACCCUGCCGGACAACCUGCUGUUCCGCGAGUUCAUCUGGGAUCGGCUAAAGGAGGCGGAUGUUGAUCCCUCGGCCCCUCCGUAUGACUCCCUGCAGACGUACGCGUUCGAAGGGAGCGGCUCUGUGGCCGAGUCUCUCAGUUCGCUUGAGUCACUGAGCACAGACUCGGAACAGAACUACGACUAUCUCAGCAGCUGGGGCCCACGCUUCAAGAAGCUCGCCGAUCUUUACGGCAACAUUGAGGCCAAUGGCUUCUUCUCAUAGCCUCACGCUUCACACAUUUGCUUGUUGUUGGUAAUCAGGGUUUUUUGUAAACCCUGCUUUUUGCUGAAAGAGACACACAAUGUUCAUUUAUUGCUUGGUAAAUAAUAGUGAUCUGCAAGCAUGCAGAUAUGGAUGCUGUCAGUGUCUGUCAGUGAGGUGAGGGACUGUUCUAUCAUCAAAGUGAUAUGUUUGUUUACAUCCAUCUUUGGGGUUUUCAAACAGAACAACUUCUGGUGGUAUUUACACAAGAACUUCAAAUAGCGUGUGACUACAAAGAAAACCUUUGAGGAAACCAGCACAUUUGACUUUGGGCCGGUGGCCAACACUUGAACUUGCCUUUGUGGAGCAGUGUGGAUGUACAACUGUGUCAUUGCUUCUCUCUCUUAGUGACACUUGGGCAUAAGCCAGUCAUUUUUGCAUUGACACUCUCCUCCUUUUGCUUUUGCUGUUCUCAAAAACAAACAAAACUUUUCCUGCCCUAAGUGCUCUGUCCACAUUGGUCAAUAUAGAGAUUGCUUGGAGCGAUUUCUUAUGUAUUGGUGUACAGUUUUGUUCCAUUUUUAAAAUCAGUCCUUAUAUCAAAUUGUAAUAUCUUUGACUUGAAAGAACCAACAACAACAUUGGUUCAAUCAUUAGGUGCAAUGCAGCUAAGAACUAAAGUUAGCUAUAGUGAAGACCGUGCCAUUAUGUUGCUUAAAAGGCUGUUCUAUCUCCAGUGUUGUACAUUUGCUCUUUUGGAGAAUUAUGAAAACAGAUCAAAGCUGCUGAGAUUUUGAUGUUAUGAUUUGGCACAGUGAAACAUGAGUGUGAUGUGUGGUGCUUACCUGAAGUUCUGAUUCUCAUUAUUGUCAGUUUCAGUGUCAUGUAACCUUCAGAGAAUUGGACAAUGAGGCAUAAGCCUCACAUGGUAAUCUUCUGUCUCUUUCUCAUUCCUCUGUUCGGGAAAGAUUUGCUGAUUUUACCCUUUACUCUUCAAAUAGACAUUUGACAGAAGAUUCUGAUGUUUUGUUGAACUCAGCAGUAAAUGUGUGACUUAAACGGUUAGUGUUUGCAGUUUUCAGAUAGGAUUGUGAAGGGGAUUCUAAAAUUCUCAUUUUUAAACAGAAUACAAAAGUGUUACUGUGCUUCUCAAGAGGAGCAAAAUCAAGGGCAUCCUUGGAAGUCGUGUGUGGUGGUGAUAAAAAAUACUUAUACAGUAUGGAUGAGAUGACGGAAAUCUCUAUUUUAAAACAAAAUGCCUUUUGAACUGUUGCCAUUGAAC